AUGGGAAAUGAGGCCAGCUAUUAUUCUGAGAUGUGCAACCACUUUGACCACGAAGAGAUUAAAAGGCUGGGCAGAAGCUUCAAGAAGAUGGAUUUGGACAAAUCGGGCUCCCUGAGCGUAGAAGAGUUCAUGUCGCUGCCUGAGCUGCAACAGAAUCCGCUGGUGGGCCGAGUGAUCGACAUCUUCGACACAGACGGCAACGGGGAAGUGGACUUCCGUGAGUUCAUCAUGGGCACCUCCCAGUUCAGCGUCAAGGGUGACGAGGAGCAGAAGCUAAGGUUCGCCUUCAGAAUCUACGACAUGGAUAAUGACGGCUUCAUCUCCAACGGGGAGCUCUUCCAGGUGCUUAAGAUGAUGGUGGGAAACAACCUCAAGGACUGGCAGCUGCAGCAGCUGGUGGACAAAAGCAUCUUGGUCCUGGAUAAGGAUGGUGAUGGCCGGAUAUCCUUUGAAGAGUUCAGUGACGUGGUCAAAACCAUGGAGAUCCACAAGAAAUUGGUCUUGUUUGUGUGA